CGCGCGCGGAUUGAGUCAAGUGAACCUACCGAGAGGUGGUGUUGACCGACCGCAGCAGGUUUUCAGCACGAAACCUGAAAUAUCAAACUUCCAAAGGCAACUGACAGUAAAGCCGAGACCAUAUUUUUUAACGGAAGGGUCAGCGGUGCCGGAGUUAAGGCGACGCGACAGAGAGAAGAAACUAAAUCCCGGAGGGAAAGCGCCCGAAGUGAGCUUGAGGAUCAAAGCUAAUGCUAAGUUAGCUAGCUACUGCUAAAUAAUAAUUCGGAAACUCGUGUCAUUUCAUUAGCCGCUUGCUUUGACAUAACCUCUGUGGUUACAAAGUAGAUAGUCGGGGGUUAUUUGUUAAGUUAUAUGUUACAUUGUAUUUAAAAAGCGAGGUGUUUGGCCUCUACAAUUUAGGCCACAAGCGACUUAGCAAGAGUAGCUACAAUAGCCGGUCUCAUUGAGGUUACACCGGCUCUGCGCUCCUCGGGACAGGUGAUAUAGGCUAAAGAUAGUCGCGUUAAAAGCAACUUCAUCUCGAAAGGUAUCGGUACUUAUAAGUUAGCCUACACUUGUCUUAGCCUUGUGCUUCGCAAUGCUGAAACAGCAACAACCCGGCUCGGGCGGGAGGAAAGCGUCUAACGGAACCUCGGGCCCCGCCGGUAUGUCUUCCCCAGUCAGCGGCAUCAACAGUGGCAACAGGACACCGGCCGGGAGGAAUCGGACUUCUGCAAAGCCAUCAUUCCAGUCAUCUCCUGUGUUCGAGGGUGUGUACAACAAUGCCAGAAUGCUUCAUUUCCUCACAGCUGUUGUGGGUUCGAACUGUGACAUAAGAGUGAAGAAUGGCAGUGUAUUUGAAGGCAUAUUCAAGACCCUCAGUUCUCGGGAAUACCUGAAGACCAUCUAG